AUGGAUGAUUUGGAAAACACAACUUACCCCAAAACUUCUGAUAACUUUUUAACUAUUAAACAAAUUGCAUUUACAAACAAGAAACUUUGGGAACCAACUUACAAGAUCCAUCGCGGCAAUCUCCACAAGAGCACAUUCAAUCUUGGAGAAGAUGAUCCCAAUGUUGAAAUUCCUCAAACCUCUUAUCAGGCAAACUUUGAAGCUAAACUGAAUCAAUCUAAUGAAUUCAAUCUAGCACUUGGCAAAAAACUUGAUUUCAAACAAUGCAAAAAUAAAAGCCCUGCCUUGCAUGAUUUAAUGACAAUGGAUGAUCCAGAAUGCUCUUCCUACCCAUCAUACUGGACGCAGUACAAGAUAACUCAUGGCAAGUUAGGUCUCGCUUUGGGAACUGGUAAAGGUAGACCAACAAAACAGGCACCAAGAUAUAACAUUGUUACUGGUGAAAAAUUACAGAAGGAGGAGAAAGAAAGUUACCAUUUGAUAUCCCGCAAUCAGAUUUUACUUCAAGAAAGACAAUCUGAAACUAGCUAUCUACCUAUCUACCUAUCUAUCUAUUUCAGUUUGUUUAUAUCUAUCUCAUCUUUUUCUAUCUAUCUAUCUAUCUAUCUAUCUAUCUAUCUAUCUAUCUCAUCUGUUCAUUUCUAUCUAUCUAUCUCAGUCUGUCCAUAUCUAUCUAUUUAUAGCAGUCUGUUUAUCUAUCUAUCUAUCUAUCUAUCUAUCUAUCUAUCUAUCUAUCUAUCUAUCUAUCUAUCUAUCUCUGUCCAUAGCUAUCUACCUAUCUUAGUCUGUUCAUAUCUAUCUACCUAUCUCAGUCUGUUCAUAUAUAUCUAUCUAUUUAUAGCUGUCUGUUUAUAUCUAUCUAUCUAUCUAUCUAUCUCACAGUCUGUUUAUAUCUAUCUAUCUAUCUAUCUAUCUAUCUAUCUAUCUAUCUAUCUAUCUCAGGAGAAGUUAGGGAACCAGAUGUAA